GCCAGAGCGGUCAAGAGUUGAACCCUCACCGUACUCUGUGCCCAGUGCGAUUCCUUGUAAACAUUAGAAAAGGCAUAACCAGAUCGUAGUCAGUGUUACGUCUCAUCUCAAACUACGAACAUCGUCAUGAAUUUUUUUGUUCUUUUCUCUGCGUUUAUCUCAGUCGCAACGACAGCCCCCGUGAUUCUACAUUCCGGGAUAACGUCGCAAUCAAUGGUCCGCUCAACUCCGAUAUUUGCUGGGUCAAGCAUGAACAUGUACAGCCCAUUUUACUACUUAACCGCCAAACUGAAACUUUUGCCAAAAGACAUUAUCAUUUGCAUCAUUAAUCCCACAAAGUGUGAUCCUCCGCUAUCUGCGCCCACGGGUUACAUAGCUCCUGUCCCUGAGGUUAAAGUUCCGUACAGUGAAAUCUCCGUUGGUGAAAUGCCGCAUGUUGACGUUUUUGACACGGCCGUUGCUUCUCAUCAAGCGGAUGAAAGCGAUCAUUUUCCCCAGGAUGAACCAGCACAACUAAGGUUGAAUUCGGACGAGUCAACUAAGCACCACAUGAUUUACAAACAUCAAUCGAGCCAGAUAAGUUCGGAGAAUUUCACAGCUCAACGUUCAAAUAUCCAGAUUCCUGUUCGCAGUUCGCAGGACAACGCCAAAGUUCAUUUCAACAUGCUCGCGCACACAGCGAACUAAGUUUGCUUUCCCAUUUGCUAGCACCACAAAACUCCUAAUGAAUAUUACAUAUGAUACGUCAAAAUUUUAAAUAAACAGUUUUUUUUUA